CAGUAAUCUAUCCAGCUGAUUUUUGUAAAACAGCUGUCAAUAAACUGGUUACCUUAUGAAAGUGAUGGCGUUAAAUAAUUUGAGAAAAUUUCGUGUUUUAUUUAAAUAUCCAAAUUCUAGAGCUUUAUUGGGAAGCUUCAGACAUAUAAAUGACAUCCAUCAGCAGAAUAAAAAGUAUAAUGACGAAAGCAAGAACAACGGCUCAGGACAUGGGAGAAGUAAGCUCUGGACAACCGGCUUGCCAAUAGCUACCGCCACUGCCAUAACCGCCUAUUUAAUAUGCAAUCACAAAGAUGCUAUUAUACCAAAUGUGUCUGCAUUUACCACUCCACCACUUUCAGGGCGACGUAAGCAAUAUAAUUUCCUUGCGGACGUGGUACACGCCUGUGCGCCAUCAGUUGUUUAUAUAGAGAUUAAGGAUAUGCGUCAAUUUGAUUAUUACACAGGAAAACCAGUAACAGCAUCAAAUGGUUCAGGGUUCAUAAUCGACUCCAAUGGUCUUAUACUGACAAAUGCACAUGUUGUCAUAAAUAAGCCGCACACAAUGGUACAAGUGCGUUUAAAUGACGGACGCACAUUUCCCGGCGUCGUCGAAGACAUUGAUCAAACAUCAGACUUGGCAACAGUGCGUAUACAAUGCAAAGAUUUGCCGGUAAUGACACUCGGUCAAAGUUCAACACUGCGUUCAGGAGAAUGGGUUGUGGCUCUGGGUAGUCCUUUGGCUUUGAGCAAUACAGUAACGGCCGGUGUAGUAAGUUCCACACAACGGGCGUCACAAGAGUUAGGCUUGAAGAAUCGUGAUAUUAAUUACAUACAAACAGAUGCAGCUAUUACUUUUGGUAAUUCUGGAGGACCACUGGUGAACUUAGAUGGUGAAGCUAUUGGUGUUAACUCUAUGAAAGUCACAGCCGGUAUUAGUUUCGCUAUACCCAUUGAUUAUGUCAAAUUGUUUUUGAAGCGUGCCGAAGAGCGUCGCAAAGAGGGCGUUAGUCGAAUGGAUUAUCCUGCCAAACGUUACAUGGGCAUAACAAUGCUUACGCUUACGCCAGAUAUACUUUUCGAAUUGAAAAAUCGUACACAAAAUGUGCCAAGCGAUUUGACGCACGGAGUGCUGGUGUGGAAAGUGAUUAUAGGCUCGCCAGCGCACACUGGCGGCCUCUAUCCGGGUGAUAUUGUCACACAAAUCAAUGAAAAAGAAAUCAAGAACUCUUCAGAUGUCUAUGAAGCAUUGGCAGCAAAGACGAAAUCACUUGAUAUAACCAUUUUCCGUGGCUUGAAGAAGAUGACUGUUAAAAUUGUGCCUGAAGAUCCUUAAAGCAAUUUUUCUGCUUGUUUUGUUUUACUGUGCUACAACAUAUACGUAUUAAAGUAUAACAGCACUGCCCCUUACUCUACAAGAUAACUACGGCGGUAUUAAAAUAUAGUUUAGACUAAUUAUAUUGCAUUGUACUAACUUUAUAUGUAUUUUAAGCAAUAUUUUUUCAAUAAGGAAGCAGUUAAAAAUGCAAUAAAACAGAGGUUUAAAAAC